AUGUCGGAAUUCAGCCAUGUGUCUGACACGGCAACAGCAGUGGCCCAGAUGAGCCAGGUGGGCUGGAACUGGCUGGUGCCUGUGUUGCAGAGCGUGGCUGUGGUCUUGUGGCACCAAGGCAGCGGAGACGCGGCUGACGUCACUGCUGGCAGAGAAGAUGAACACAUGGGGCCUAGACAGGCGGGAGUGCUGAACCACAGUACUAACAUGAGCCUGAGCCACAGUACUAACGUGGGUUUGCGCCAGGGUACAAACGUGAGCCUGAACCACAGUACUAACGUGAGCCUGAACCACAGUACUAACAUGAGCCUGAGCCACAGUACUAACGUGGGUUUGCGCCAGGGUACAAACGUGAGCCUGAACCACAGUACUAACAUGAGCCUGAACCACAGUACUAACAUGAGCCUGAGCCACAGUACUAAUGUGGGUUUGCGCCAGGGUACAAACGUGAGCCUGAACCACAGUACUAACAUGGGUUUGCGCCAGGGUACAAACGUGAGCCUGAACCACAGUACUAACGUGGGUUUGUACCAGGGUACAAACGUGAGCCUGAACCACAGUACUAACAUGGGUUUGUACCAGGGUACAAACGUGAGCCUGAACCACAGUACUAACGUGGUUUUGCGCCAGGGUACAAACGUGAGCCUGAGCCACAGUACUAACGUGGGUUUGCGCCAGGGUACAAACAUGAGCCUGAGCCACAGUACUAACGUGGGUUUGCGCCAGGGUACAAACGUGAGCCUGAACCACAGUACUAACGUGGGUUUGUGCCAGGGUACAAACGUGAGCCUGAACCACAGUACUAACGUGGGUUUGCGCCAGGGUACAAACGUGAGCCUGAGCCACAGUACUAACGUGGGUUUGCGCCAGGGUACAAACGUGAGCCUGAACCACAGUACUAACGUGGGUUUGUACCAGGGUACAAACGUGAGCCUGAACCACAGUACUAACGUGGGUUUGUACCAGGGUACAAACGUGAGCCUGAACCACAGUACUAACGUGGUUUUGCGCCAGGGUACAAACGUGAGCCUGAACCACAGUACUAACGUGGGUUUGCACCAGGGUACAAACGUGAGCCUGAACCACAGUACUAACGUGGGUUUGUACCAGGGUACAAACGUGAGCCUGAACCACAGUACUAACGUGGUUUUGCGCCAGGGUACAAACGUGAGCCUGAGCCACAGUACUAACGUGGGUUUGCGCCAGGGUACAAACGUGAGCCUGAGCCACAGUACUAACGUGGGUUUGCGCCAGGGUACAAAGGGUACAAACGUGAGCCUGAACCACAGUACUAACGUGGGUUUGUACCAGGAUACAAACGUGAGCCUGAACCACAGUACUAACGUGGGUUUGCGCCAGGGUACAAACGUGAGCCUGAGCCACAGUACUAACGUGGGUUUGCGCCAGGGUACAAACGUGAGCCUGAACCACAGUACUAACGUGGGUUUGUACCAGGGUACAAACGUGAGCCUGAACCACAGUACUAACGUGGGUUUGUACCAGGGUACAAACGUGAGCCUGAACCACAGUACUAACGUGGUUUUGCGCCAGGGUACAAACGUGAGCCUGAACCACAGUACUAACGUGGGUUUGUACCAGGGUACAAACGUGAGCCUGAACCACAGUACUAACGUGGUUUUGCGCCAGGGUACAAACAUGGGUCUGUGA